AUUUGUACAACUUCUCUCGAAACACUCUCAUUUGAACUCCUACUACAAUGUCGAACGGAGUCUCCAUCGAAGAACUUCUGAGACAUCAGCCCGACAACGAUGACGACGUUGAACGUAUUUCAUUCCGCAAAGUCAAGCCCAGUCUGGAUAUCGUCGACCCGGAUCCCACCUGGCCCUCCAGCUAUGAUCUCUUCGCCUCACGUAUCGUUGCUGCUCUUGGGCCACCAUCACCCAGCAGAGCGGAACCUGGAACAAAUCACCUCGUUUCUGUCUCCCACGUAGGAUCAACCUCGGUCCCUGGGCUUCCCGCGAAAGCGAUCAUUGACAUCGACGUCGUAGUUCCAGACAUCAAUGACGAGAGCGCCUACAUUCCCGCGCUGGAAGCCCAAGGCUUCCAGUUCAACUUGCGGGAGCCCAAGUGGUAUAGCCACAGGUUCUUUACCGCUUCUGAGCCCAUGUUCGCGAACGUGCAUGUUUGGCCACCUGCAUCUCCGGAGGUAGAGCGACAUCGCAUUCUCAAGGAGUGGUUGAUAGGAAAUUCAGAGGACAGAGAACUGUAUGCGAAGAUCAAGAAAGAGAGUAGUGAGGCAAGCAAGCUGGCUGGAGAGUCAAUGAUGCAGUACACUUACAGGAAAGAUGCCGUGGUUAGGGAUAUUUUGCAUAGAGCUUUAGAUCACUUGAAAGCUCAGCUUUCAAGCAAUUCGGCUACGUUGGAUGAGGGCAAGAUAGCGUGAGUGAUAGGAGUGUUAAUGAUUCAAGCAGCGUCUCCAGCUGCCCAGCCAAUAAACAGCCU